GCGCAACUGAAGUCGACUGUCGGGAUCACAAGUACAACCGCGAGCACGCGCGCGCGACACCCACGUAAGGAGCCAUUCAUGCGGCUCCACGGCAACGGCAACAACGACCACGACGACAACAACAAAUUUCGUUGAUCGACGCGAUGACGUAGACCGUCCUUCUCUCUCUCUUUCUCUCUCUCUCUCUCUCUCUCUCUCUGACUCUCUCUGGAUCUCCAUCUAUGAUGCGCGGUGGAUCGCGUCGCAAGCGCGCGUGCAAGCGUAUUACAGUGCGCGACGAAUACGCUCUCGGUGAAAGCUCUCGAAGAAUUCCUCUCGGUGAACUCCUCCCGGCGAUCGGCGCUGAUGGUGCGAGUCCGCGGCCAAUCGCUUCGCCGUUGAUGAUGGAGUAGACAGUCGUCUAACUGUCGUCGCCGCCGCUGCCGCCGUCGUCAUCGUCAUUGUGUUGGUUGUUCCAAGUGGAAGUGGACAACGCGCGAAGAGUCGAGUCUCUCACGUCUCAGGUCAGUCACGGGCCCAGGCGUGGACCCAGCGCGCUCGUCGCAGAGGACAACCGGCUAGCAACCGGCUACCUGCCCCUUCUCCAGGUCUCUCGAUCGGUGACACGACCUGUCCGUCUGUGCCUGCCUGCUCCGAACCGGCGGGACGCGAUUAUGCUCUCGCGGACAACAGCUCUGUCGGGCUCUACCUGUCCGCGGUGAUCGAGACGUUAUCUGAGCGGUCGCACGCCGCAAUCGCUGAUAAGCAAUCGUCAUAAUUGGGACCCGAGAGGGCAGCCGCGAGUAUGGCGCUGGCGAAGAUCAGAAACUUCAUCGACAACAGCCUGAAGACAGUGUCUACGCCGUUGGACCACACGGUGAAUCUAGAGCCGGAAGUCGGUAUCAGGAUCGUGCACUCUCCGAACGACAAGACGCUCCACGUCACCGUGCUGGGCGCCAGGCACUUGCCGCAGAACUUCGGCUUCACCAGAGUCAACAGCUACGUCGUGAAGGUGAAGCUAAUCCCCGGUAAGGACAAAUUCGAGACUACCUCGAAGAAUGAAUCCUGGCCACAGUGGAACGAGGAGUUCAUCUUUCCCCUGCGUAAAGAGACCAAGCAGAAGUUUGGCAAGUCAAAAGUGGUCGAGGAGGAGAUCAACGGGUCGAGAUUCAUCGUCGCAACUCUCUACGCGGUCCUCGAGGACAAGCCUCUGAUAGCGACCGACAAGAAAGAGGAUAAAAGCUCACCUACCAAGGGAGGAGAGUCGCCGAAGAAGGGUGGCAAGAAGAAAGAAGGUCAGAGCGGCUCGUCCGAGAAUCAGGAGCCCACCAAGAACAAGCUUCUCAGUCAGUUCUUCGGCAAGGGUCCUGAUAAAAUCGCAGAACCCACGGCCAUGGAGAGGAAAGUCUACGACAAGAGACGAACCAUCGGCGCGACGACGAUUCCGCUGGACUCGAAGAACUUCGUAACCAAACCACCCAAAUCCAAACACGCCGGUGAUGUGUCCACGGGAGAUCUGUGGAAGCCACUGCGACCGAUCUCGAGCGGUAUCAUCGGCGAGGACAAAAAAGAGAACAAAAAGGGCCAAGUGGAAUUGUCGUUGUGCCUGGCGAAGAGCGAGAAGGAUGAGGACAACGAUGGGCAACUGAUACUGUCUCUGAAUCGUCUGAGAUGUUCACUUCAGACGAUGCACGAGCACGAAGGUCUGAAAGGGCAGAUGUAUUUGAAGAUGUCUGUCGUCGACGGCGGACGAGUUACGCACUUUUGGAAGAGCGACCGAUUCGCGCCGACGGUGUCCACCAAGUUCUCGCCGGAGACGGCAAGAGUGGUUGCCGACAAUCCGUACAAGGGUGCGCUCAACGACGUGUGCUUCGUCGUCAAGUUCGUCUCGAAGAAUAAGAUGGGCAAAAAGACUCCCGUAGGUCACUUCGUGAUUGGACCCGACGUCGGUGGGACUUACAGCGAACAGUGGAGGCAAGCCUUGGCGAAACCGGGCCAGCAGAUAACGAAGUGGCAGACAUUUGAAUAAAAAUAAGUCGCGCGAUGAGCCCGGUAACUUAUUCAAUACUCCGUGAAUGCGCAGUCGUUGUCGUACGACGUACUUUUCCUCGAGGACAUCGAAAGAACGCGAGCAGCUAAAAUGAGAACGCUAUAGGCGCGCCAUAAAUAUUUAAGGCAACAGAUCGAUAAAGCUACUCCAAAGAAUACCAUAGACACAGCUCGCAAAGGUGAGCCUCCACCCAUCGGACGCAUUGCUUCUUUGCCCCGCUGCGUGCGUUCACGUAUCGCGUCUGCGUUGUCGAUUUUACGUAAGGGAAAAUCUUGUUCUCUAGAGAGAAAAAUUAUUCUUAAGUUUUCACCGCACGGAUUCAUGCUAGCACGAAUCCUUCACCAGUAUUGUCGACUGUCCUUGAUUUCGUGGAGGAGACAGACUUGGCACAACUUCCGCCCCUGAAUCCGAUCAAUGUAACCGUCCGUAAAGUAAUUAAGAGUUAUCGAUUAAUGCUAUUCGUUGAGGAACGGUAGCACACGCUACAAGUACAACAUAUCAUACUUCGUAAGAACGCAAGGACAGUGAGUGCGUUGAAUUAGUAUUAAUUGAUAUUUUGUUAUAUGGAAAUAACGUUAUUUUAACGGCGACUAACAUGGGGAACGUUAGUAUUGUCUCGCCCGUGAGAAGUGUGCCUUCUCAAAACUGAUAUAUCUAAUGAUGACGAAUAGUAAAUUUGACUAGUUUUAUAUAUUGGUUAAACGCUCGCUUGUACUAUCGCACUCGGACGAUCAUAAAAUGAAACAAGUGCAAAUUAAUACUUUGAAGUCGAUAUUAGAGCAGGAUUUGAAAGCCAUUUCAGAUUGUGAUAAAUCGAAAUAUUUUUUCUAUUGAUUGUCGUUCGUAUAUACUACCACUUUUAGUAUUUACACAAAAUAUUUAAUGUAAAUGUUAAGGUAACAUCAUAGUUGUGUCCUCUCCCUUUCCGCGCCAACGAAAUAUAUCUUUAUAACUGAAAUGCAUAAAGAUAUACGUUAAAUGUUAGUAUUAAUGUGUUAAAUAAUGUUUCUAAGGCUCAACACGAGAACGUGUAAAAAAGCAGUUGAGGGAACUCUUCAAAUAUUUUUACACGAUUAGAAGUAAUAUUAAUUCAUUUGAUAUUUUUACUAUUAUUAUUAUAAACGUAUUUCUUUCUUAUAAUAACGCAUGCGUCCAUAGUAUUUUAAUAUAUGUCUGUAACUGCUGACACCAAAAAGUACACAUCUAAUUUCGCACAAAUGUAUGUAAAGACAUGUUUUUACUCACUCUUCUCUAUUGUAUGUAAAAGAAGAAAUAACUCUUUUUAUUUAUAAAUAUAUAUUCUAAUAUACAUA